UAAGAACAAUAUGGCUACUACCCAAAUCUCAUUUUGUGUAACAGUUCUAUCCAUUUCCUUAGCAACAUUGUUUUUCUUCCAAGUAAACUCAACUGAAACUGAAACCACUUCCUUUUCCAUCCCAAAGUUUGUCUCAGACCAACCAAAUCUAAUCUUCCAAGGCACUGCCUAUACCUCCAACGAGAGGGUGUAUCUGACCAAGAGAGAAGAGAACGAUGUUGGCAGAGUUCUCUAUUCUGCACCUAUCCAUAUCUGGGAUAGCAAAACCGGCAACGUUGCUGAUUUCAACACUUCCUUCCAUUUUUCUAUAGAUGCAGUUGGAAGUCCGAUUGCCGACGGAAUAGCGUUCUUCCUCGCACCGGUAGAUACCAAGCCAGGAGGUCCUGGUGGGUUUCUCGGACUUUUCAACAGCAAAGAGUAUAACAAAACUGUUCAAACCGUUGCUGUUGAGUUUGACACUUACAAAAAUGCGUGGGAUCCAAGCGACCCUCAUAUUGGAAUCGAUGUUAACUCUAUCGAAUCCAAAAGUACUGUCCCAUGGACUUUGUAUACUGAUCGUUGGACUGAAGUUGAGAUAAGUUUUAAAGCUGCUACUAGUGAGUUAAGUGUUUUAUUAACUUAUCCUUAUACACCUGGUGAAUUUACCCAUAGUGAAAUUGUGGUCUUAAAGGAUGUUCUUCCUGAAUGGGUAAGGGUUGGUUUGUCAGCUUCCACUGGAUUAGAUUAUGCACCACAUGAAGUUUAUUCAUGGUCUUUUCAUUCUGAGUUGAAGCUAAGUUCUAACCAAGUUGCAGCUGCAUAGUUUGUAGCUUUUCAUCAUGCAUGCAUGCAUGUCGUCUCAUGUGUGAUGAUAGAUCCAACUUGUA